AUGAUAGGCGAUUCUUACAAUCGUAGAGAAGGGAUAGAUACUUCUAAAUUUGGGGUUGAUCCUAGCUUGCCAACAGAAGAGGCCUCCCCCGAUGUGGAUAUAUCUGGGAAUAGCGAAAGAGUUUCUGGUCGUGCAUAUCGUUGCAAGAAAUGCCAGAGAGUUGUUGCAUUGCAAGAGAAUAUUGUGGAUCAUGUUCCUGGAGAGGGGGAGACAUCCUUUGGGUGGCAUAAGAGGAAAGGCGAUAACCCUUUCAAUAAGUGUGACGAGGUUGAGUGCACAUCUAUCUUUGUUGAACCUUUACGUUGGAUGACAACAGCUUUUGAUUCUUGUUACCCCUUGGCACCAGUUGAAGAAGGUGCAUUAGAGGGCAAGCUUUUAUGUGUCCAUUGUGAAGCUUGCUUGGGUUACUUCAAUUGGUCGGGCAUCCAAUGCAGUUGUGGUGGCUGGAUCACCCCAGCUUUUCAGCUGCAUAAAAGACUAGUCGACAUCAGCACUGUCUGA